CUUAUUUUGUAUUUCAAGCUAAUAACUUUCUCUACAAUUUCUCUCUCUAAAAGUGCAUUUUUCCUAUAAUGGGGAGGAUUCAUGGAAAUCACUUGAAUCUAAGCUUGCUUCAUUCACCAGCUUUUUCUUCUAAUUCUUGGCAUGAUUUCAAUAUGAAAGAAGAUGAGAAGGAUCAACAGAUGAUAUUCUACAACGGCCGUGUUUGUGUUUUGGAUGCAACCGAAUUACAGGCAAGAGCAAUUUUAUGGUCAGCAACACACGACGUAGAGAGAAUGGUGAAGACGAUGUCUGGAAUCGGAGCAAACAUGGCCACAUUCUUCCUAAAACUUCAACUUCAUGGUCUUCCUGGUUGUUCGAUAAAGAGAUCAUUAAGAUUGUUUCUCCAACAAAAGAGAAAGAUAAGGAGCCAAGCAAAUACUCCGUAUCCCUACCGUCUCCAAUCACACAACCUUCGGCCUUUUCACCUUCUAUAGGGGACUCUACAACUAUGUGAAAUCGUAUAAUUUUUCAGAUUUUGGAUACUCAUCCUAUUAUCAGAUACCAAAUUUCAAUACAACUAUGCUGUUGAUUUGAGUAACAACUUUUACCUCUUCACUAGUUCAUUGUUUAUCAAAAUUGAUUAGUAGUUUCGAAAUUUGGGUUGAAAUUUAGAAGAAAAAGGUGCCCUCAACCAGAUUUGUAAACUCCUGUCAAAGGAGAAAUAUACUCCGUAGAUGGGAGAAAAAGAGAGCAUCCAAUAUUGGUUGAAGAGAAAGGCCAUAGUAUCAAGACACGAGAGUCCAAGGAUUAGCUUGCAUUUGAGCCCUUCAUGCAUAGUCUCCAGCUUACGGCUAACAUUUGCAUGUUUUUGGUUCAUCUAAACUGAUAAAAGUCCUUAACAAAAAUUGCACCA